AUGCUCGCAAAACCGAGCCCUAUAACAUCGAUCCAAUAUACUAUCAAUCCACGACUAGCGUCUCCCAAGCGAGGAGCACCACUGCGAUGGUACGAUCCUCGAGGCUGGCCACCAUGGAAUCGGUUUCUCCUCGCUGGAUUCAUCAGCUCAGCCAUCAUUAUCGCCGCCAUCGUCUGCAUAGUGACAGGUAUGCCUGCGGUUCGGUAUCCCAAUUAUUCCCCUCUGGAAUAUCGGCUUCAACAUAUCUAUCGUGGAACCUCCUUUUUCGACCACUUUAAUUAUUUUUCUGAUACGGAUCCUACCAAUGGGUUCGUUGUCUACGCGAAUCGGCAAGUCGCGCAAGAUCAGAAUCUCACCUACGCCAGUGAGACCUCGGCCAUUCUGCGGGUGGAUUCUCUUACCCCCCACGCCGUCGAAGGUCGACGAUCGGUGCGUAUCGAAUCAAUCGCAACGUACAACACGGGAUUAUUUGUGUUUGAUAUCCUUCAUACGCCUUACGGCUGUGGUACCUGGCCCGCGUUGUGGCUCACCGAUGGUUACAACUGGCCUCAAAACGGAGAGAUUGACAUCUUGGAGUCGACGAAUGGAGGCUCCAACGGUAACGAAAUCACCUUGCACACCACCGAAGGGUGCAGGAUGAAUGUGGAUCGCAAAGAGACGGGCUCGCCAGUCUUGACGACGUGUGAGAGCACCGCCGGUGGGAAUUCGGGAUGCGGCGUGCUGGGAGACUCGUCAACCUACGGGCAGGAGUUGAACGCAAAUGGCGGCGGAUUGGAUGCUGAAACAGGCAAAUAUUUCCUUAGAUAUACGCACUGGAGCUCCGCAGAGCAGGAAUUCGAGUCUGGUACUUCCCUCGCGGUGCCAUUCCCACGGACAUUGUCGACUCGAGUCCUGCCCGAUCCCUCGCGAUGGGGCAUGGCACUGGCGGAUUUCCCCAGCACGGAAUGCGACAUUACCUCUCACUUUCGGAACCAGAGCAUUAUUGUUAACAUCGACCUCUGUGGUGAGCUGGCUGCGCAGCCUCAAUACUACCAAUCGCUGUAUCAUUGCCCCGGAUCAUGCUCCGACUUUGUUGCGAACAACCCGAGUAGUUUUGAGGAAGCAUACUGGGAAUUCGCCAGCUUCAAGGUAUUUCAGGCGGUUCAGCCUGAUUAA